CGUCGAGGUUCAAACGUCAUUUGCCAAUUCACGAGGCUUUGUCUCAAAAUCUUAUACAUCAAACGCGAUGUUUUUCCUUGGUUAUCAUGAAACCUUAUCGUUUGUUAAAUGUUAUGUCUUAAUGACUUAAAUUUAAACUCACAAUGAUCAGAGACUGGGCUAUGCAUCGAUUUUUCGCAAACAAUGGUCUAACAGACAAAAACCGUAGUUUGGAUGAUUAUCAUCAGGAGAAUGUGUCGGAAGUUGCUAACAACCACGAUUGGCGAAAUGAAUUGGAGACAGAACUGUUUCAAGGAUAUUCGCCUGCACUCUUAACGUUUGCUAGUAUAUGCUGUGUAAUUUAUAUGAUGGUUGGCGUGCCUGGAAAUCUUAUCACUAUCAUCGCCUUGUUUAGAUGUAAAAAGGUGCGUAAUGCAACAGCCGUAUUCAUAAUCAACCUUAGCGUAUCGGACUUAAGUUUUUGUUGCUUCAACUUACCUCUGGCUGCCUCUACGUUCUGGUAUAGAUCGUGGAUACAUGGUCAAUUACUUUGUCGUCUCUUCCCAUUAGUCAGAUACGGAUUGUUAGCCGUAUCCCUAUUUACCAUUCUGGCUAUAACCAUAAAUCGAUACAUUAUGAUUGGACAUCCAUCGCUCUACCCAAAGAUGUAUAAGAAAUUCUAUUUGGGCGUCAUGGUUACAGUAACUUGGAUAGGUGGUUUUGGAUUACUAGUUCCUACUUGGCUCGAAAAAUGGGGCCAAUUUGGUUUAGAUGUGACCGUUGGCUCGUGCUCCAUACUUCCAGACUCUGUCGGUCGGUCGCCAAAGGAAAUCUUGUUCAUGGGUGCAUUUGUGGUGCCUUGCUUGUCUAUUAUAGUUUGUUACGCUCGAAUUUUCUAUAUUGUCCGUAAAACAGCUCUCAAAUCUCGGGCUACGGUGACAACUAACCCACGUCACACGAUGAAUUCCAAUAAUCCAUCAGACACUACGUCUUAUUACACUCUUAAAACCCGUUUCAAAGUGCCCGAAAUAUCCACAGACUCAGCCAUCGGAUCCAGUACAGCUACCGGAACAUGCUCUACUACCGACUCGAAGGAACAAAAUUUCCUUUCACCGCAUGACAUUAUCGCUGAUCCAAGUUCGUCAGGACUCGAAGAGAGUUAUUCACCGAUAUCUUUCUCUGAUCGCAGGAGUACUAGGCGACGUGACCGUUCACCAUCAUCCGCCCUGAACGCCACUAUCACUCAAGUCGUAUCAGCGGUAUUUCAGACAAAAGAGGACUCAUCUCCGAGAACACGCAAACAGAGCACCAUUGGUGUUGACAGAAUGUCGUCGAAAGACAAAAAGCUUCUAAAAAUGAUCCUUGUUAUAUUUAUAUCAUUUGUUACAUGCUACUUGCCGAUCACCAUCAGCAAGACAUCACAUGAACUAGACGACUUGCACGUUCUAAACAUAACCGCAUAUGUCCUAAUCUAUUUAACCACGUGCAUCAAUCCAAUUAUUUAUGUAGUCAUGAGCUCAGAGUACCGUCAAGCGUAUAAAAACUUGUUGAUGUGCAAAAGUUCAUUGGAACAACAACAAACGCACAGAGGAGUAACUAAAAAACUAUCCGGUCCAUAAACAUAAGUAUACAGUUAGAUUAAAAUAAGAAUAUUUUUAAGAUGUAAAGCGUACAUGGUAAGAUUUUUUAUUUAAUGAUU